CCGCCACAACAGCUAUAUAAACCCCUGUAGGUGGGAUGAUCCCAACAUAGAUCACGCCUCACCUUGCCCACCUCGGCACCUGGAGAGAGCACACAGGUGGCCACAAUGGACCAGCGAGACCAGAUUGAGCAGAGGGGUCAGUUCAGGAUCACAGUGUGGGAGGAGGAGAACUUCCAGGGCAAGCGCUGUGAAUUCGUGGUGGAGUGUCCCAACAUCAUGGAGAGGGGCUUUCAGAAGAUCCGCUCCAUCAAGGUUGAGAACGGGCCCUGGGUGGGUUAUGAGUAUCCAGAGCACCAGGGCCAGCAGUUCAUCCUGGAGAAGGGAGACUAUCCCUGUUAUCAGGCCUGGAGUGGCAACAGCAGCUACCGGACCGAACACCUGCUCUCCUUCAGACCAAUUAAGUGUGCUAACCACACUGACAGUAAGACGACCCUGUAUGAGUGUGAGGAUCUGCAGGGACGCUCGUUUGAGAUUUGUGAUGAUUACCCAUCCCUGCAGGGCAUGGGUUGGUGCAGUAAGGAGGUCCCCUCCAUUAAAGUGAACUCUGGAGUGUGGGUGGGCUACCAGUUCCCCGGUUAUCGUGGAUACCAGUACAUUUUUGAGAGAGACCGGCGCCAGGGAGAGUACAAAAACUACACGGAGUUCGGCACCCAGGCGCACACCAAUCAGAUCCAGUCUCUCCGUCGUGUGCAGCACUAAGCUGGCUUCUCAUUGGCUACUCCACCUACUGCAGCAUGAGGCAACGAUACUAUCUGUACUGGUAUACAAUAAAAGCUCAUUCUGAAGACUCCUGAAGAGAGCAUAAAAACACCAUAGGUAUUCUGUUUGUUGCCAUUACUGUACGCACUAAAGACCUGCGUUAGGAACAUGAACAUUAAACAAUCAUUCUGGAGCGAUUUUAUCAAUUUAUUUUUCCAUCCCUCACAAUUUGUUCGAGCAUUUCACCAGAUUACGAUGGAAGCAGAUUAUGGAAGCUAGUUACGACAUAGCUAAAGCUAGCUAAAGAUAGAGGCCUAAGCUUUUAUAUUAAAGACAAAAGCUCUUUGUUAAGAGAGUUGUUUGAGAUGACAUUUGUAGAAUCGAUCAGAUUUUUAUUUUCUUAACGUUAGGAACAGUGUAACAUUGUUUUUUGUCAGACUGUAUUUUAUUAAUUCAAUAAAUAAGAGCAUGAAACAUG